AUGGCUCUCUCCUCCGCCCUAUCCUCACCAUGGGGGUUCCUCCGGCCCACUAACGAUCUACAUACCACCGUCGUGGAUUCUGCGAAGCACAUUUUGGACUCUCUCGCCGGCUCUGUCGUGGACGCCCAAACCACUCGCCGGCAACUCAACAAAAAGCGGAAAAGAUCUGAACCUGAAUCCGAUCCAGCCAUCCUUCAACUGAAGAACCUUUAUGUGGAUGGCUUUACUUCGAAUCAAAUAUGGGAGCAGGCGACCCGGAUUCUCGAGUCAACUGGCGAUGAAGUCGAACGGGAUAUCACUUUGAUCACCCAACACAGUGGUUAUCCAUCGUUGUCGGACCAUGAGCAGACCCAUGAUGUGUCGGAUCCCGAGGACGCGCAAACCGAUAGUGACAGCAAUGAGAACAUGUUGGAGGACGUUUCCGAAGCUUCAGAUGUCGAACGCAGCCCUGAAGAGGAAUCUCAGAUGGGAUCUGACGAUCUAGAGCGUGAGGAUAUGGAUAAAGAGGAUGAGAUGGAAGAAUGGGAUGACGAAAAAUCCUCGAUUGGCUUUGCGGAAGAAGAGCCUGAAGUCUAUGUCGAGGACCGGUUUGGGUUGAACGAUGGGUUCUUCUCCAUCGACGAUUUCAACAAGCAGUCUGAGGCUUUGGAAAGACAGGACGUCAAGGGAGGCCCCGAAGAGGCUGACGACAGCGAUGAGGAGGAUGUGGAUUGGCAUACAAACCCGUUGAUGCCUGGAAGCGCUGCGCCUGUUCGCAAUGCUAACACCGAGAGGAAUUCCCGUACGACUGGGGAAAAUGAGGAAGACAUGGAUGAUAGCGAAGAAGAAGGACCGACCUUUGGUAAUGCUAAUCUAAACGGCGACUCCGACUCCGACGAUGAUGCCAUGGAUAUGGAUGCCGGUGAUGCGGCUGGCUGGGCGAACACCAGCGAUAUCAAAUACGCCGAUUUUUUCGCGCCCCCGCCACGCAAAGCCUCCGCUAAGAAAACACGCGCGCUCCCCAAAACCCAACCCGAUGCGCCAGUUGAGGACGACGAUGUUAACCGCGCCAUGGCCGAUGUGCGACGAGACUUGUUUGACGAUGAUGAUGCUUCGAGUGCUGGGGAGGAUGCCGCUCUUGAUAAAUCCGGAGACCCCGGUGCUCCACGCUCCACGCACGAGAAACAAAGGGCACGAAUUGCCGAUGAAAUCCGUCGCUUGGAAGCGGCCAAUGUUGCAAAGAAAGAAUGGAUGCUUGCCGGUGAAGCCAGGGCGGUCGAGAGACCUGUCAACUCCCUCAUCGAAGAAGAUCUUGACUUUGAACGAAUUGGAAAACCGGUUCCCGUGGUUACCAACGAGACAACCGAGGAUAUUGAAGAGCUAGUCAAGCGCCGGAUUCUUGCCGGGGAAUUCGAUGAAGUCAUUCGUCGUCGGCCAGGUGCAUCGGACGCACAGGCUACGCGAAGGGGCCGGUUUGAAUUGGAUGAUACCAAACCUCAACAGGGUCUGGCAGAGAUGUAUGAAGCCGAUCAUCUUCGUGCUAACGAUCCGAACUAUGUCGACUCGAAGGACCGCAAGUUGAUGCGGGAGCAUGCCGAGAUCACCAAUCUUUGGAACGAAGUCAGCUCUCAGUUGGAUACCCUAUGCAACUGGCACUACAAGCCUAAGAUCGCACAGGCCAGCGUCAACGUUGUCACCGACGCACCCACAAUCAUGAUGGAGGAGGCACGUCCCACAGCUGGCAGUGCUGCUGCUGGACCGGUCGGACUUGCACCACAGGAGAUCUACACCCCCGGUGAUGGUGACCGAGUCGCAGGAGAGUUGGUGAUGAAAAACGGGGAAACCAUCUCCAAGGAUGAGAUGACCCGUGAGGAGAAGGCCAAAAUCAGAAGGCACAAUAAGAAGACCUCAAAGAAGGCCAACGCCGAGCCCGCUCGCCAACAGCCUGGCAAGGCAGCUGAAAAGCAGCAGGUGAUGUCCGACCUGAAGAAGGGAGGAGUCAAGGUCAUUGACAAGGAGGGUCGUGUGACAGACAUCAAUGGUGGCUCCGUCGAGGCAGGCGCCAAAACCAGAGGAGACACCUUGAAAUUGUGA